CAGUAUCGUGUCACAGUUCGAUUUCCAAUUCUUCUGCAGAUGAGGGUCUGCUGAGGGCGCACUAUCAAAGAAUGGCCAAUAGAAAUGCGCCUACCUCACUCGUACACUUUGUACUUUAAUAACACGAAUAGUGAUUGGAAACUGAGCCUGCAGUGUUCCCGCCAUCAUUUGGGGUCCGCCAUUGUCGUAGUAUUUCAAAAAAAUUGGCAAUAAUGUCUGACAGCGAAAAGAACGAAACAGAGCCAAAAACUGAGCCUACAACCGAAGAAAAAGAAGAGCCAGAAAAAGAAAUAGAAAAAAAAAGUGUAAAAUCAAGUCCAAAGAAAGUGGCAAAAUCACCGUUGAAAAGAAAAAAAGAAAAUGGGAAAGAUGAAGCUGAGGAGGAAAGUCCAAGAAAAAUGGCCAAAUCACCAAUGAAGAAAAAGGAAGAAACGAAAGAAAGUGAAAAAGAGGAAGAGGGGAAGGAUGAAGAUGAUGACAGCCAGGAAGAAGUGAUGGAAGCCCGACUUGGCUUACUGGAUAAACCGGUUGAAAUGAAGGGUACUCGAGAACGAAAGAAAGUUGAACGGUUAUCCAUGCCUGAAGCUAAACCACAACCAGAAGAUAAAAAUGAAAUCCCUGCAGGAAGAGGAACUAAAUUAGGAGAAAUAGAACGAGUUGAGUUCCAAUUGAAGAAAGUCAAUUCAGAUGGUUUGAAGCCUCUCCAUCGAUUACUUUUUAAUAAACAAGGUUCUGUGAGAAAAAAAACAAAAAAGCGAAAACGAACAGCAAGUGGGAAGGGGAAACCUAAAAAGGAGAAAAAAGAAAAGAAAACUAAAAAGUCAUCAGAGGCAGAUGAUACCAUUAGUGAUGACAGUGAUGAUUCAGAUGAAGAGGAGGAGGAAGAUGAUGCAGAUACGAUGGAAAGUGAGGAGAAAGAGGAUGAAACCGAGGAACCCAAGAAAAAAAAGCGAAAAAUGUCAGCAAAGUCACCAAAAUCGAAGGAAGUUGUAUCUGAUGAUGAUGGCGAUGAUGAUGAUAACGUGACGGAGGAUUCUGAAGGACCAAAGAAAAAGAACCAGAAAAAAGAAAAGUCUCCUAAAAAGACACAGGGUACGCCAAAGCGGAAAGAAAUUGCACAAAAGGUAAAAAAAGAAACUAAGAAAGCUAAAAAAGAGAAGUCUCCAAAACAAGAGAAGAAAAAGGAAACCCCAAAAAAAGCCAAGAAAGCUAAAGUUAUUUCUGAUGAUGAAAGUUCUGAUGAUGAACCAUUGGUGAAGAGAGACAAAUCACCACCAACAAAUGCACAAAUAAAAGAAGUAAUUAAAAAAAUUUUAGACGGUGCUAAUCUUGAGGAAAUCACGAUGACGUCUGUUCGUAAACAAGUAUAUGCUAUGUUUCCUGAUUUUGAUAUAUCUGACAGGAAAGAUUUUAUUAAAACUACGGUGAAACAGAUAAUAUCAUAGCUGACACCAAGCACUAUUUAACAACUUUGUACAGAUUCAAUAUUUUAACCCGACGAUUUUCAUUUAUUCGUCUUUGAUAAUAAAUAAACAUGGAUAUAUGGUAGUGUUAAAGAUACCUUUUUUAAAUCCCAAAAUCGUGUAUUUUGAUUUCAUUAUUGAAUUCAUUUAAUUGUAAGUUGUAAUUGUUAGUGUAGUUUAAACUUUUUGUCAUUAAACUUUUUCUUAAUAAA